UAGGGUUCUUUUUUCUUUUUUUCUUUUCUUCAUUUACUCUCGCAAACGCAUCACCCACACCCACGUCAAAAGGGAGCAUCGUUCACACCUCACAAGCACAGCCCCCUUCGCCAGUUUGUGCCAGUUCGUUCACAACCCACCUCAUCUCCGCCGCCCACCGAACUCCACAACGAACUGAUGGAACCAGACAUACGGUUCGGUUCGGUUCGGUUUGAAUUAUGAUAAAGGAUUUACUAAUUAGAGUUGAAGUACAAAGAAAAUCAACAGCGGUCGAUGUGUUUGCUCUCUUCUCUUUGACUUUCUUGGAGUCGAAGAACAAUCCAUUUCCAUGCCUUUGCCUCCUCAACAAUCAACAAUUUAUUAAUCACUUUCUUCUCUCACCACUCCCACGUUCUAUCUACUUCCUUAUUUCCUUCAUCUUCUUCCUCUUCUACUCUGCUUUCCUUUCAAUUGUUUUUAUUAUUGGGUUUUUGUUGCUCCAGUUUUAGGGUUUUCAAUUCCAAUUUCUCACUCUACUUGAACUGAAACAGAGUCACAAAGAAAUGUCUACUUUUUCUUCCCUCUCUACUGCUACAUCACUCUCCAAUAUCCCCAGAAUGCUUCCUCCAAUAGGGAGUCUUCAUCUCCCAUCCUCCCAUUUUUUCCCCAAGUUCAAUUUCAAUACCAAGACGUCUCUUUUCACUCUAUUCACUUCCACCCACAGGCCCCAACUGUGUUACAAAUCUCGCCCAAGGGCCUCCGUUCAAUGUCUUUUCACAGGCAUUGUUGAAGAAAUUGGCCAUGUUAAAAGCUUGGGUAUUAGUGAAAAUGGGGGAUUCGAUUUGGAAAUUAAUGCAAAAACUGUUCUUGAAGGUGUUAACCUUGGAGAUAGCAUUGCUGUCAAUGGAACUUGUCUUACUGUCACUGCUUUUGACCACCAACUAUCUGAAUUCAAGGUGGGGUUGGCGCCUGAGACGCUCAGGAAGACUUCAUUGGUGGAACUCUCGCCUGGUUCACCUGUGAACUUGGAGAGGGCGGUUCAACCAAUCAGCCGAAUGGGUGGCCAUUUUGUGCAGGGGCAUGUGGAUGGGACUGGGGAGAUAAUAUCAAUGGAUCUUGAAGGGGAUUCCUUGUGGAUUAAGGUGAAGACAUCGGAGGCUUUGCUGAAUUACAUUGUACCGAAGGGAUUUAUUGCUGUGGAUGGGACUAGCUUGACUGUGGUAGAUGUUUUUGAUGAUGAGAAGGCUUUUAACUUCAUGUUGGUUGCUUAUACUCAGAAAAAUGUGGUCAUUCCGUUGAAGAAAGUUGGACAUUUGGUGAAUUUGGAGGUAGAUAUUCUUGGCAAGUAUGUGCAAAGACUCCUCAGUAAUGGUGCCAUCAAACCCAUUGAGUCUCCAUGAUCACAAAGCCUGGAGGGAAAACAAAAAAGGUCCCAAUAGUUGUAAUCUCAAUCUUCUUCUGCAUAAAGUUUUUCUCCUGCCUCGUUAUGUUUUUAACCAUCAUCAAACUUGAGACUGGGAAUGAGUAAAUGAUCUGAUGUUCUACUGUCUUAUUGUCUCUGUUGUAUUAAAACACGAUUAGACGAGGUGACUACUUCUAUUAUGAAAUUCAACCCUUUUUCAGUGAA